AUGGACUCCGGUGUGAUUGAAGGAGGGCUCAAUGUCACCCUGACCAUUAGACUACUCAUGCACGGCAAGGAAGUUGGCAGUAUCAUUGGAAAGAAAGGCGAAUCUGUGAAGAAGAUGAGAGAAGAGAGCGGGGCACGCAUCAAUAUCUCCGAGGGCAAUUGUCCUGAGAGGAUCAUCACUCUGGCGGGGCCCACCACCGCCAUCUUUAAAGCCUUCUCUAUGAUCAUUGAUAAACUGGAAGAGGACAUUAGCAGCUCGAUGACAAACAGCACAGCCACUGGCAAGCCCCCUGUGACCCUCCGGAUCGUUGUGCCUGCCAGCCAGUGCGGCUCCCUCAUUGGCAAAGGUGGCAGCAAGAUCAAGGAAAUCCGAGAGUCUACCAAUGCUCAGGUCCAAGUGGCAGGCGACAUGCUGCCCAACUCCACGGAACGCGCCAUCAGCAUAGCUGGUCCACCCCAGUCUAUCAUUGAGUGUGUCAAGCAAAUCUGUGUGGUUAUGCUCGAGUCCCCCCCGAAAGGUGUCACGAUUCCCUACAGACCCAAGCCUUCAGGAUCUCCCGUCAUCUUCGCAGGCGGACAGGCGUAUGCCGUACAAGGACAACACGCCAUUCCACAGCCCGAUUCUUCCUCUGCUGCUAUUUCUCCACAGCUCACCAAACUUCACCAACUGGCUAUGCAGCAGAGCCCCUUCCCCAUUGCACACAGCAACCAGGGAUUCACCGGGAUUGACGCUUCGGCUCAGACCAGUUCUAACGAGAUGAAAAUUCCAAAUGAGCUCAUCGGUUGCAUCAUUGGGCGUCAGGGGGCAAAGAUCAAUGAGAUCAGACAAAUGUCGGGUGCCCAGAUCAAGAUCGCCAACCCGGUGGACGGCUCCACCGACCGACAGGUGACCAUCACAGGCUCGCCUGCCAGCAUCAGUUUGGCUGAGUACCUCAUCAACGCCAGUGUAGAGUCCUCUAAACCUCCUCCUCCUCCCUCUUCUUCCUCCUCCUCUUCCUCCUCCUUGAAACCCGAACCGAGCAGCCCGUGCCCUUCCUCCACCUCUACUACUACCACUACUACUACUACCACUGCCCCCACUACUAGCACUUCUGCUUCCUCCUCCUGUGUGGCCUCCAUUCCUCUGUCCUUGUUGGCUCCCGGGCCGCCUCCUCCUCCUCCUACUUCCUCCUCCUCCACCACAACCACCACCUCCUCCUCCGACCCCUCUCCUGCCUGUGUGUCCAGUCUCCUCACACUCAAGCCCCUGCCUCUGCUGGCGCUCCAUGUCGUGAGCGGGGCCGCCAACCCCGAGCCCAAAAUGGCCCCCGAGCUGGGCUCCAAGUCCAAACGGCGACGCCUCUCCCCUUACUAA